GAUGUAUUGAAGACACCUAUAGUUAUUGCUGACGUGCAGGAUGCAACAUCUAUAUCAAAUAUGUGCAAGAGGGCAAAACUUAUAUUGAACACUGUUGGACCAUAUAAAUUGUAUGGAGAAGCAGUGGUAUCAGCUUGUGUUGAAAACGGAACACAUCAUGUGGAUAUUAGUGGUGAAUUUCAUUAUUUAGAAACAGUUCAAGCAAAAUACUUUAAUGCAGCGAGAGAAAAAGGAAUAUAUAUUGUGGAAGCAUGUGGCUUUGACAGCAUUCCUGGUGAUUAUGGCAUCUCAUUUUUAAAGAAAAAUUUCCCGGGGGAUUUAAAUUCUGUUGAGUAUUUUGUUGAAAUAGGACAAGGUUCUGAGGGAAGGAGUACAAACAUAGGAACAUUUCUGUCUGCAGUUGACUCUGUGAGGGAUAUACUUAAAGCUAAGAAGUAUGACGCAAUGCUGAAACAAAGCGUUUUUAAAAAGGACAUGGUGAAAAGCAAUUAUUCUAUUCCAUGGAGGUUUCCCCUAUUUUAUAGUGGUGAGAUGAAAGGCUGGUGUUUUUGGUUUCUCGGGCCAGAUGAAAGAGUAAUUAAAAGAAGUCAAAUGUUUCGUAAUGAGUAUCUCAAUGAGAAACCUGUACAAAGUAAUGGCUAUGUAAAGACUCCUUCAUUGACUACUGCUCUUUUUAUUCUGCUGUUCGCUGGCCUUUUUGCAUUUUUAUCAAUGUUUUCAUUUGGAAGAUCCCUUCUAUCCAAGUACCCAUCCUUUUUCACUGCUGGAGCAUUUACAAAAACUGGACCUACUAGGAAACAAGUAGAACAAGGUACAACAAAACUCACAUUCUUUGCUGAAGGUUGGAAGGAAAAAUUGUCUGAACCAACUGAUCAACAUGCAACAGCCCCCAACACAAAGCUAAAAAUGGUCCUUUCUGGUCCAGAACCCGCCUAUGCCCUGACUUCUAUGUGUAUGGUUCAUGCUGGAUUAGUAAUUCUUGAGGAAAACCAUAAGAUGCCGUUAAAUGGUGGUGUUUUGACUCCUGGUGUUGCUUUUGAAAACACAACUCUAUCUGACCGACUUCAGAAACGUGGCAUGGUUUUUAAGAUAGAGAAAUAACAACAUUUGCUUCAGAAAUAUUUGCUGUUUCUCUUCCCUUUUUGAUGAAGGAUAUGUAACGAUGAUUUUUUCUGCAUGUUUUGUUUCUGUUGAAUUUCUGAAUUAUAAAAAUACUGUUUAUAUUCUAGAAUGAUCAUGUGACUUUUCCUUUAAAAAAAUAUUAGUAUUUAAGAUUGAUUAAAUUUGAUCAAAAGAUUAAUCUUAUCUUUAAUGAAUUACAAAUGGUCCAAGUAUAAUAUUUUGAAAAUAUUUUUGUUAUUUGAUAUAAUUCUGAGUGCUCUAGUUUUCUAGUACAACCCUCUACCUUUAAACAUGAAACCUUAGGAUUGUCAUACCACACAAGAGGUAGGGUAAAUCCCAACUAUGGCAAGGGUCGAACACAGACUAUUUUUAUAUUACUAAAAUUUUUCCUUUAAAUUGAUCUUUAUAGAAUUGCUUAUUUUUAUAUAACAAUUCAGAGGAGCAUUUCUUGAUUGUUUUCCCCCAAAAAUCCCUUUUCAAAACUUUUAUUCAUUGUUUUAAGUUUAGUUUACCCUGAAAUGCUUAGAAAUUAGAAUGGAUUAUAUUUCAUCAUAGACAAAAACAAUAUGGAUUUUCCACAAUAGUUUAUGUUACAAGUGUUGUUUUAAAGUUUAUGUUUCAAGGUCAUUCCAUUUUUAAAGCAUAAAUAUUUACUUGUUUUGCAUGUUAAUGAUAAUUUUGUUUUUAUUGUGUGUGUGCUAUAAUCAUGUGAUGAUGGAAAACUUUUAAAUAGCUGUUUUCAUGUAAGUAUUACAAUAUUUUUAUACUUGAUAUUUCUUUCAUUGAAUGUUUAAGAAUGAAACAUGGUGAUUAAACAAACAUAACAAAUGAGUAAAUUUACAAAAAUUCCAUGUAUCAAUGAAUGGUGAUAUGUCAAUGUGAUAUCUUUAAUUCAGCUAUUUUUUGUAAUACAUUUGACCAGUUUUCUCAGGGAAUAAGAUUUACAAUAGAUAAAACUUUCACUGGAGUUAAAAAUGUGUUGAGGAUGAAGCAAUGUUUCAUAGCUUUCAGUAAAACACCUAGCCAAAUUAUGAGGAAAUUAUAGCUUGCACAUGGGUCGAAGUGGUCCUAUAUAUCCUAUAUUUCCUAUAUUUUCAAAAAAAGCAUCAAAAUCGUCCUAUAUUUCCUAUAUUUUUGAAAAAUGUCCUAUAUUUCCUAUAUUCCUGUUUUUUUAUCCAAUUUAUUUCUUUAAAACAACAGUAAAUAAACUAUCUGACUUCGGAUUUUUCGUCGAAAGUAUGUUUGCAAACGAAUUUCAAAUUAAAAAACGCAACUGACUAAAUCCUGCAACAAGCAUCUUCUCUCAUUGGAGCAAUAUGAUGUCACUGUAGUGGGUGGAGUUUCGAGAACGAAGUCUGAAGUCGGUAUUAGAAUUUUGUCUUUGGCAACAGCCGUUUGUUUUGUUUUCCAGCGUGGUUUUUGUUUUUGCUGGUAUAUUUUUGUGUUCUGUGCAUUUUCUGAUCAAAAUGUUCUAAUAUUCUUUUUGUAAUCUUUUCUUUUUGUGGAAUUUUACAGCACAAAAUAUCUGUACAUUUGUGCUACAAAGCAUUGGUUAUUUCCGGUUAGUUCUCAACACAUACCGGUUUUUAUUUAUUUAUUAAUAUAAAUUAUAUUUGUGUCACUUCUGUCCCUGCAAAACUUGUGAGUUGCUGCAUUAAUUAUCAAUAGAUUUCACUUUGUUCACAUUUUUUUUUUUUUUUGUCUAUAAAGUACACUGUUUUUUUCAAAAAUUAUUUUUUCAACUACAGGAAAGUCGUUUCAGGAGUAAGUUAUAAUUUUAUUUGAGGGUUUCUUUUUAAACAAAAUCAUUGAUAAGAGUAACUAAAUAAUAUAUAUAUAUAUAUAUAUAUAUAUAUAUAUAUAUAUAUAUAUAUUAUUUCUUUUAUCAUUGCGAAACAAUUCAUAUAAUGUGUCCUAUAUUUGUCCUAUAUUUCCUGUGGAAAAUGUCCUAUAUGCGACAAGUCGAUCACUUCUACCCCUGCUUGCAAGUCCGUAGAUUUUUUCCUUUUUUUAAAGUCUUUUCCUUGGUCAAAAUUAGCUUCUGCUGAUAUCAACAAAACUUUUCAAUAGUGACAUUUUAGGCAUUUUACGACCCCUAAAUCCAGUAACUGAAAUGUUGUUGAAAAUUUUUAAGGUUUUUAUUUUAUUCUUUAGCUAAUUUGUGUAUGUGAAUGAACUGGAUACUGUUCAAUGAAUAAAAUCAAUUGCCUUAUCU